ACAUAAGAAAAUAGCUGUUGUUCUUUUGGCACGUUCUGCACUGUGCGAUCAUCAGCGGCUGCUUCGUCAGUUUAGCGUGGUCCAUUAUGUAGUUUGUUCGGGGUUGUGCUUCUCCUAAUCUUACAUUUCGGAAUUCAUUCACCUUCCUUUGUGUGAUUUUUGUUGUACUCUUGAACAAGUAGCAGUGUGAAUUUCCAUUCAAAUCGAAUGAAAUCUUAUUUUUACAAAUCAAUUGUGGUGUUUUAUAGCUUGGUAGCGUGAGACAUAGAAUGUGAAGGGUAGAUAAUAAAAGUUGGAAAUUCCAACGCUAAUUGAUCUAAAAGCAUCCUGGUUUAAUGUGAAUCAUAGCAGUUCGAGUGCGUCGAGGUGUUCGUCAAACUCAUCAGAAGAUUUUAUUUACGGUCUUGAAUAGAUAGCACACUGAUUCAUCGUUGUUUAGAUUGCAAUUCAGUGAUAACAUAGGGUUCAAUAGUAAAAUCAUGUUGAAAACAAAAUCUCAACAACAAAAGAAUAUUUUGAACACGAUUAUCAGUGUUCUGCCAGACAAUCGGCCUAUUACUUCACUCCAGCUUGUGGAAGAUUUCGAAAAAUGUCCACAACACUUUCAACCUAUCAAUAAAACAUACGACCAAGAUCAGGAUGCGGAUCUUUGGCGAGAGAAUAUACUGAUAGGUAAGAAAAGGGCACGUUACUUGUGUCAAUCGAAAACCGAAGGGCUUCCGGAUUACAUACUGGAAACACUGAAAGUAAUCGGAGAUAAGGAAGCCUUACCAGAGGGGUUUUCGCAGCUGACACGUACAGCGGACACCGAGCAGAAAGCCUGGCGAAAGAAGCAGCUCGUUUAUCGUCUUGCCAAGAAAGGGAUCGCCAAGCAAGCUAUCACGGACAUUAUUUUAUGCUCACGCCUUAGACAGGCUCCGGAAGGAUUCACGCUUGCCGGCGAUAUCAACGGCAUAUUAAUAUGUUAUAAAACGACGCUGGUGGCACACCGUGCACCACCUAGCAUCCCAUCGAGACAAAGCAUAACUGAUCUCGAGAGAACAAUAGAAGAUCUUAAAAUACAAGCCAGCCAAGAAAAACAACUCUAUCCGGUGCCAUCUGAACCUCUAGAUCAUGACUACGAACAAUUACUGCCAUCAUAUCAGCUGUCACCAAAACGGGCUGCCCCAAACCCUCCGAUAUACAGUACGGGAACGUUGAACGUUCAUGCUGAGAUGGAGGAAGUGCCGUUCGUGCUAAAUCCUGCCCUUUGUAGGUACUCAUUCGUGGUUCCUUCAUUAUACGAGGCAAGUGCUGCUAAACUGGAGUACGAUUUCCAUUUAGAACGGCAGAUUCUUUGUACAACUAAAACAACGAAUGCUCAGAAUACGAAUCCGUUCUUCCACUAGUAGUUGUUUGUGCACUUGGGUACACCUUUGCCGAGGAAAGUGAUCUUUAUUAGUGUUGAGUGAUAGCCUUGUGUAACCCGCCCACGUUAUUAGAAUUUUCAUUAUACCGAAGUACUUCCUGUAGACUUCCAUUUAGAGUCGUUGUUAUCCCAAUUUAUACAGUUACGACGGAAAUUAAUUCAAAGUAUUUUUGAAGUCAUAAACAACACGAAUGAAUUUUCUGAAGUACGUUUGAAAUUAGUUUUAAAAUUUAAAGUUUAUGCUUCCGGAAAGAAAUACGCAAAAGUACCAUUAGUGAGAACAUUAACUAAUCAAUAUGUGCACUCUACAGCAAGACUGGCUGACAGAUGUUUUUUUGUAAGAAAUUUGAAGACUAAUUGCGCAGUGUUUUAUGUUUGCCUACAGAUUAAGGUAAAACCUUACGUUCGUUACAUUGAGAAACAAUAGUUUUCGUCUGAUAUUGACUAGUCCCCUUGCAUUAUAGAAUCAAUGAGACGAUCUAGUAAUUUUAGUAAUCACAAUCAUCAAUGACAUUGUGUUGCCAAGAAAAUGUCCGCCUUAUGUUAAAACAGUUGUGCGUAUUCAUUCGUUUGAUUGACACGUGAAGAAAAUCAGUAUUUGAACAAAUCAUAAAACAUAAGUAGAAUCCAAAGGCGGUCUUUUUGCCAAUAACUUGUAAAACAAGUCGAGAGCAGUUUCAAUGGACCCAACAUUUUUUAUUGGCAAAUAUCUCAAUUUUUCAACAUACCUUUGUUUUUUUCCAUUAUAUUGGCUUUAUUAUCUAAUACAAUAUAUACAAGCAACAUA